AUGAAGAUUCUCAGUCUUAAUUUCGUCAACUGCGCCGCCAAGGCCUGCAAGGCUACCGCGGAGUCUUUUCCGCUACAUCCCAAGGACGCCGAACUUGUUCAGGAUGAGAUUGAGCUGAACCCGGCCAUGCUCAUCAAUGUUCUCCCUAGACUGGACUGGGCAGCUCUCCGCAUAACUUCAUCAGAGCUCGGAUUCCCUCAGCUUCCAGAACAAGCCCCUACAGCCGAGGAGCUGCAAGCGGAUGAAAAGACUCUGAAAGAUCUGCACCACCUGCUGCUCGAGACGCAGAUUUCCGAAGGCAAGCUUGUCUGCGGCAACUGCGGGCACGAGUACGCGAUCAAGGAAGGCAUUGCCAACUUUCUGCUCCCCAGUCACCUAGUUUGA